ACUGUCGGUCACGUGUCUCGGGGCUGCGCGCGCUGCUCUGGUGCGGCGGGAAUUGUCGAGAACCGAAACAGCUGUUCUGUGGCUGAAGAGAGAUACCCAGAGGAGUCUGCAUUUCACAAAUACGGACUAAAGCUUGUCUACUCACAACUUCCUUUAGGGAGUUUGGUUUUGGCUAAGAUGUCUGGAUGGCCCAGCUGGCCUUCAAUCCUUUGUCCAGAUCCUUAUACUGGAGAAUAUGUGAAUUAUGAUGAAGAUGGUGAUGUAGAAGGAUAUCAUACAGAAUUCCUAGGAAAUCCACAUACUAGAACUUGGAUUGCAGUAAGACAUAUUGAGUCCUAUCAGCCAAUGACUUUCACGUCUGAAGAUUUCAACAAAAGAAAAAAAUUGUAUGAAAGUGCAAUUGAAGAAGCAAAAAUGUUGGCGGGAAUCAAUUCUAAAGAAAGACUUGGUCAGUGCCAGUUGACUCAUGAAGGAAUAUGGAAGAAGUUACCCCAUGAAAAGAACAGAGAAGACAAGAAAAGAAAGAGAAUGACCCAAGAAAAAAAUAAUCUUGUAAGUGAGAGCUAA